AUGUCUGAUGAUAUCGACUGGUUACAUAGCCGCAGAGGUGUGUGCAAGGUAGAUCUCUACAGUCCAACUAGAAAGCAAGAUCAGGAGCGUAAAGUGAUAUGCUUUGUUGAUGUGUCCACACUGAAUAUAGAAGAUAAAGAUCCAAAGGUUGCUGGCUGUUCCAAUUCAGACAGUGAACUAAAUCUUGGAGACCUAGAAGAGAAAGAAAUUAUUGUGAUCAAAGACACUGAGAAUCAAGACAUGUCUAAGACUGAAGGAUCUGUGUGCCUUUUCAAACAAGCUCCCUCGGAUCCAAUAAGUGUCCUCAACUGGCUCCUCAAUGAUCUUCAAAAGUAUGCCUUGGGUUUCCAACAUGCACUGAGCCCCACAGCUUCUAGUUGUAAACAUAGAAUAGGAGAGAUAGAACAUGAAUGUCCAAAAAACCCCUCUGAUGACAGCUUCAGUAUUUAUGCUGAUCAUCUGCACAUGGACUAUAAGACCAAAGGACCUCAGAGCUUACGAUUUAUGGAUACAACGGCGGCACAAAACACCAACAAUAACCAGAGCCCUUCUUCACCUCCUGGUAAAUGUCCUAGUAAUCAGAGAACAAUUAUUUCACCUGAUAGAGAAAGUUCUAUGGAUGACAUUUCAUACUAUGUCAACCGGCUAUCUUCUCUGGUAGUCCAGAUGGCCCGUAAGGAAAUCAAGGAAAAGAUGGAGGGAGGAGGCAAAUGUCAUCAUUCAAUCUUUCCAUCCUCUGGAGAGAAGGGGAAAAACAGCCCUCGUAGUGUUUUAAGCAAGAUUGCCUCUGAAAUGGCUCAUGAUGCUGUAGAAGUCACCUCUGCAGAAAUGCGUGGCAAUGGUGAGGAGUCCAAAGAAGGCUGUCGAAAAAGUUUUCUAUGUAGUGAGUUAGCCAACAAGAACAAGGGUGCAGAUAAACAGAUGUGUCAGAGAGAGAGAAAGGAAUUUGCAGAUUCUAUCAGCAAAGGGCUAAUGGUAUAUGCUAAUCAGGUUGCAUCUGAUAUGAUGGUUUCUGUUAUGAAAACUUUGAAAGUACAGACAGCUGGAAGACCAAUUCCAGCCUGUGUGGUCCUAAAGAGGGUGUUGCUUAAACAUACUAAGGAUGUUGUGUCUGAUUUGAUUGAUUCUUGCAUGAAGAACUUGCAUAAUAUCACUGGUAUUCUGAUGACUGACUCAGACUUUGUCUCAGCUGUUAAGAGGAAUCUAUUCAACCAUGGGAAACAAAAUGCUGCUGAUAUCAUGGAGGCCAUGCUGAAGCGUCUGGUCAGUGCUCUUCUCGGUGAGAAAAGAGAGACAAAGUCGCAGUGUCUAUCGUAUGCAUCCUUGAAAGCUGGAUCCCAGGAUCCCAAAUGCAAGAACCAAAGCCUAGAAUUCUCAGCUGUGAAAGCGGAGAUGAAGGGAAAGGAUAAAGGCAAAAUGAAAGCAGAUGCAUGCAAGUCACUGACCAGUGCUGAGAAAGUUGGUGAGCACAUCCUCAAGGAAAGCCUGACUAUGUGGAAUCAAAAACAAGGAAACCCAAGUAAGAUACCUCCAAAAUUAUGCUCAAGUAAAGAUGAUAAAAGAGAAAAGAUUAGCCCUUCCACUGAUUCACUGGCAAAGGAUUUGAUUGUUUCGGCUCUUUCACUGAUCCAGUAUCACCUUUCUCACCAGGCCAAAGGCAAAGACGAUGAUGAAAGCUGCCCCCCCCAAACAGGCUUCCUGACUCAGAGUGCCCAAUAUGAAAAACGUGGAAGUGACCAAAGUGCCAAGGCACUUUCAAUGAAACACAUAGAAACACAUGGAUAUUCUGGACCAUCAACCUCUACCAAAGAUUCUCAACAAGUAGACUCCCAGAAGGUAGACAUGUCAAAUAUAGUUCUGUCUCUGAUUCAGAGAUUUCUCAAUGAGAGCCCCACUAGCUGUGAAGAUUCAUGUGAUGGUGAGAACAAACAUUCGGAAUGCAAGGCAAACAAAUCAGCUUCCAUGUUUAUUAGACCUGAAAGAGGGGAAGAACAAUGCCAAGAGAGUCGAGACCUUGACUUUAUCAAUGGGAUGAAGCAAAUGAACCGGGAAUUUAUAGAUCAGUUGGUUGAUUCUGUGAUGAAGCUAUGCCUUAUCGUGGCUAAGUACAACAAAGGAACAUCCUGCACUGAACUGGAAGAACAAGCAUCAUCCUCCUCCAACAUUAACUUCCGUGCUUGUCCUCCCCCCAGAAGUCAGGAAGCUAUGACAUCACAGUCUUUUCAAGAACAUCCUGGACCCGAAGUCAUUGUCAACAAUCAGUGUGCAACUAGUAGCUUGCAGAAACAACUCCAAGCUGUUCUGCAAUGGAUUGCAGCCUCCCAGUUUAAUGUGCCCAUGCUCUACUUUAUGGGGGAUGAUGAAGGACAACUAGAUAAGCUUCCUGAAGUAUCAGCUAAGGCAGCAGAGAAGGGGUACAGUGUAGGUGAUCUUCUUCAAGAAGUCAUGAAGUUUGCCAAAGAACGACAACUCGAUGAAGCCGUGGGGAACAUGGCAAGGAAACAACUGCUAGACUGGCUGCUCACUAACCUGUGAACUAACAGCUCCUUCAACUCCACUCCAUCUUACCGCCCCCUCCCCACCACCUCACCCCUAGUUAGCAUCCCACCCCAGCCUACACACCCUCACCAUCUAGCCAGUUAACUGCAUACUUCAGGAUUGUAUUAUUCAAUCUGAGCAGUUGAACCGUGCAAAUACAGGUGUUCACAAAGCUGGGCAUGAGCAUGAAUAAAAAGUUAAAAAAAUUUUUUUUCUUAAUCGUAUCUAUCUGAAGCAAGUGAGAGAAAUGGGUUCAAAUCCUAGGGAUGGUAAUAAUUUUGUUGAAUUUGUGUAUAAAUCUCUCCCUGACUUAUUUUCAGAUUAAUCAAGACUUGGAAUAUGUAAUCCAAAAUAAUCUGGUUUUCCCAGUUCAUUGUGUAGUCUUUUCACUGAUAAGACUCCUGUUUCAUCCAGAAUUAUUUUUAGAGUACCAUUUUAGAAAAUCAAGACUAGUGCCCCGGGG